AACGUUUGCCUUGCGCGAUCUGGCAAAUUCUCUCUGUCCCAGCAGGCAAUGCACACACGGAGAGCGUACGCAGUGUUCACAGGCUAGGACAAGCUAGCAACGGAGGCUUGUGUGCUUUUCAAAACAUUCAAGAAAUAAAACCUAUAGUUUAUCCAAAAGAAGUCAAAGAAACAGCCUACGUGUCAUCAGCAGGAUUAGGGAUGGAGUUCCCUGUGGACGUGUUGGGAUCAGUGAGACAUGAGGAGGAGGAGCAGGCAGCAGAGGGCUACAUGACCCAGCUACGAUACAUCAUCCCCGACAAGGCCGAGAGCUUUACCCUGCCCAGCCACAGAAUGAUCUGUAUCAGUCUGUGUAACGUUGGUUUUGUUCCCAUCUAUGGAGGAGACCUGAAGCAUAAGAUUCUGGCCCUGUUCGCCCCAGAGGACCAGCUCACAGCGGUAGCUUUGUUUCUGGCGGGUCAGUGGUGGUCUGUCGAGGACAUCCUCAGAACCUCCGACCCCUCCAGAACUGGCCUCCUCAAGGUGAGGAGUCUUGGUGAGCGGAUCGUCCUGUACAUUCUGAACCGUAUUGUGUACCGCGUGGGUGAGAUAGACAAACCUGAGGUGCCCUUCCUGUGCCACGGACAGAACCACUUCGCCAAGCUCCUUUGGAAGGAUGGACAUGCUGUCGGUUUCUACUCUGUCAAACCCAAAGACAGCUUGUGUAAUGGCUUUGUGACCCAACGCUACCAGCUGCCUGUUAUGGACUCCAUCUUUGUCAGGAAGUGUCAUCGUGGAAACAGUCAUGGUCUGCAGAUGCUGGAGGAUUUUGUGGACUCUUUCAAAGAUGACCAGCUCGGCCUGAAGUACCCUCUCUCUCUAACCAUGUAUAAAGUGUGUGGCCAGUAUCUGUGUCGGUACCCAGCUGACCAGGACCUGCUGUGGGUGGUAGAGGGAGUGGGAGGACCCUACCAGAGAGAGAGAGUGGCCAACAAGAUCAAAACACUGAAGGUGGUGCUUCCCGUGGUGACGGCUAAUGGAGAUCACCAAGCAGCCUCUCUGGACAGCACAGACAUCAACAUGGAAGAGGGCUCAGACAACUGUCUGGACAUCACCGAGAAUGUUUUGGUGCUGAAUAAGCCCCUCAAGUUAAUAGAAGCCCUGGAGGGCACACCAGUGUCAACACAUACCUGGAGUAGUGGACCUAAAAAGCGUGGCAGAGAAGAGAUGGAAGACUCUGAGGAGGAGAGCCAGCCUCUGAAGAUGAACAGAUUGGAGGAGGCAGAGCCCACCACUACAGCUGUGGAGGAGGAGGAGGAAGGAAGCGGGGGGGAUGAGACAGAGACUGGAGAAGAAGAGGCUGCUCUGUCCCCUAUAGAGGAGGCCAAAGCUCAGGAGGCUGAGGUCAAAGGAGAACUGACUGAUGACCAGGGAGAGGAGGAAGAGGUUGCCACACAGGAGCCUGAUGCUGUGCUGGAGAACAGAACGACAGAGGAAGAUGUGGAAAUGGAAGAGCAGGAUACGAAGGAGGAAGAUUCCAUUGAGGCUAAAGACACCGUAGAUGCAGCUCCUGUGGCAUCAGAGGAAUUGGCUGAGACGGAAGCUGUGGUGGAGAAGGAGGCUCCUCUCGUGUUAGAAGAACCAGCCUCUGCUACAGAGAAGUCCACUCCGCCUGCAGAGCCAGCCCCAGCAGAGCCCUCCCUCUCUGGGGAGGUGAUUGAAGAGGCAGGCGAGGCCGCAGAUACACCCAUGGAAGGAGAGGAGGUAGAGGGAGAAAAGGAGGGGGCGGAGAAAGCAGUGAAGGAAGAGGAGAAAUCCAUGGAGGUGGCCAUCACAGUGGACAGCAGUAGCCAGGAAACAGUGGUCCAGAUAGGGGUAGCAGACCUGUCCUACCAGCCUCCGGAGGAAGGAGAGAACCAGCCUCUCACAGAGGAGGCGGCGGCAAGAGAAGAGGUCAAAGGGGACGAAAAGAAAGAGGUAGAAGAGAUGGAGAACGUUACAACCACAGAGGAUGAGAAAGAGGAGGGAGAGAGUGAGAGCUCAGACGAGGGUGGCGACGGUAAGGUCCUUUGGAGGAGAGGCAGUGGCCAAGCGGCGGUACCUAAACAUAAAUCUAAGAGACUGAGCAGAGUGGUCAUGGAGCCCGAGGAGCAGGGCACAGAGCAGCCCGAGGUCACGGAGGAAGAGGAGGAGGAGGAGGAAGCUAGAACGACAGAGGAGGAAGAGGGGGCUGUAAAGAAGAGCUUGGCUGAGGAAGAGGUGGAGGAAGAGGAGCAUCCACCAGUGAUUGACCAGAGAGCAUUGAGGAGGAAGAGCCGACAGGUCCAGGCUCCAAAGAAAGCCAAAGGGAAACGACGCAGCAAGAUCUAAACACAGCAGAUGUUGCAUAUAUAAAAACGCACACAAAACACAUGUUUAGAGGUGUGCAGUAAGGGAUGUUUUCUACCUGGUUUUAGGGUUUGUAAGGCAUCUAAAGUUAACGUGUAUUAUCUCUGUACAAUGUUGUUUAGAUUUUUACUUUAGGUCGUUUUCUGAAAGGUUUAAGUACAUGAAUACUCAAUACUCUGUUGCAAUAAGUCAAUGUGAAGUCUUUUUAAGGUUCAGAAUUUAUUUUAUUCUUGUUUUUAUUGCCUUGCUCUUUCGGUACUGACUGAGAUUGAGUUUCACAGGCCUGAUGUGGUAGUUUGAAGAUGAUUUUCAUUCUCUAGCUCAGUAAAAAAAAAUCCAAUAGCCUCGUCCUACACUGAGUCUGUGGUUGUUACAUUUAUACUAUUUACAGUAUUUAAAUAGUGUGGGUUGAAAUGCACCUCCUUAGUUUGGAGAUGUUGGAGGAGUUUUUUGAUAAAAACAGUCAUUGAAGUUCUGUUCCAAUGAAAGCCAGCCGACCCAGUUGCUCUUGAAGACCAGGUUUUCCUACACCCCCUGUUUUAUGACCAGUCACUUGUAUUACGGAAUGAAAUGUUCUAAAAAUA